GUGUGUGUGUGGCAUCUGAAACAUGUUGUUCCUCCCUACCUUCUACUUCCUGCACAGCAAAUGCGCGCAUGUGCCGGACUGGCGUGUGGCGCGUAAAAAAGAGGAAGGAAGUGGAAUUUUAUCCUCACAUUUCAACAUCAAAUAGCUCCUCGCACAACGACAACUCAACUCUCUUUGUUUCCUUUGCCGCCGAGCGUCUGGGCAGCAAACAUGACGGAGCGCAGGUUCUCCUCGCACAGGCGGCUCCACGGCGCCCCCUGCAAGCCCCUGCUGAAGAGAAGGUGCCUGAGUGACAGCUCGGACCUGCUGGCCAUGAUCGAGAGAAUGCAGGGCUGCAGGAUGGACGAGCAGAGGUGCUCCCUGCCCCCGCCCCUCAAGACAGAAGAGGACUACAUCCCUUACCCCAGUGUUCAUGAGGUUCUGGGGCGCCGCGGUCCCUUCCCGCUCAUCCUGCUGCCCCAGUUCGGAGGCUACUGGAUCGAGGGGAACAAUCACGAGCCGAAAGAGGCGCCCGGGGCAGAGCCAGCGCCCGGCCCCGCCUCCUUUAUCAAGCUGGAGACCAACAGCGCGGCCAAGAUCUACAGGAAACAGUUCAUGGGCAAGGAGCACUUUAAUUACUACACCAUGGACGCCGCCCUCGGCCACUUGGUCUUCUCAUUAAAGUAUGAUGUCAUCGGGGAUCAGGAGCAUCUGCGCUUGAUGCUGCGCACCAAGCUAAAAACCUACCAGGACGUCAUCCCCAUCUCCUGCCUCACCGAGUUCCCCAACGUGGUCCAGAUGGCCAAGCUGAUUUGCGAGGAGGUCAACGUGGAUCGCUUUUAUCCGGUCCUCUACCCCAAGGCGUCACGUCUCAUCGCCACCUUCGACGAGCACGUCAUCAGCAACAACUUCAAGUUCGGCGUGGUGUAUCAAAGGUUCGGACAGACCACGGAGGAGGAACUCUUUGGGAACGUGGAGGAAAGUACGGCUUUUGUGGAGUUUUUGGACUUUCUGGGCCAGAAGAUUGAACUGCACGACUUUAAAGGGUUCCGAGGAGGCCUGGAUGUCGCUCACGGGCAGACGGGGAGUGAGUCGGUUUACACCACCUUCCACAACAAGGACAUUAUGUUCCACGUGUCCACCAAGCUGCCUUACACCGAGGGAGACUCCCAGCAGCUGCAGAGAAAAAGGCACAUAGGCAACGACAUCAUCGCCAUCGUGUUCCAGGACGCCAACACGCCCUUUGUCCCCGACAUGAUCCAGUCCAACUUCCUGCACGCCUACGUGGUGGUGCAGCUGGACAAGGCGUGCACGGACUACGUCGCCUAUAAGGUGUCUGUGACAGCCAGGGAUGACGUGCCCUUCUUCGGGCCGGCCCUGCCUGACCCGGCCGUCUUCAAAAAGGGCCCGGAGCUUCGCGAGUUCCUGUUCACCAAGCUCAUCAAUGCCGAGUACGCCUGCUACAAGGCGGAGAAGUUUGCCAAGCUGGAGGAGCGCACCCGCUCAGCCCUGCUGGAGACCCUGUACGAGGAUCUGCAUGUCAACAGCCAGUCCAUGAUGGGUCUGGGCGGAGACGACGACAAGCUGGAGAACGGCGGCGGAGGAGGCGGAGGCUUCUUUGAGUCCUUCAAGCGGGUCAUCCGCAGCAGAAGCCAGUCCAUGGACGCCAUGGGCCUCAGUAGCAAGAAGUCGCACACGGUCUCCACUAGUCACAGCGGCAGCUUUACCCACAAUCCGCCCGACAGCCCCAAAACAGCCGGCAUUUCAUUGCUUGUCCCGGGGAAAAGUCCCAGUAGAUAUGGACGGCGAGGCAGUGCCAUAGGGAUAGGAACCAUAGAAGAGUCACUCAUCAUUCCCGGCAAAAGUCCCACCAGGAAGAAGUCUGGUCCUUUCAGCUCUCGCCGCAGCAGUGCCAUUGGCAUCGAGAACAUCCAGGAGGUGCAGGAGAGGAGCCGCGAGGUGUCCCCUUGCACCCACAGGACGUCCGACAGCGUACUUCUGUGGCAGGAAAACAGGCCGGACAACUCUUCUAAUCAUGGCUCUCCUGAGUUCCCUGCUGUCAAGCACAGUUUGGGCAUGUGUUGCAGGGCGCCAUCCAUUCCUGAGGCUCAGGACCUUUCCCGCUCCUCCUCCAACGCCAGCAGCUUCGCCAGCGUGGUGGAGGAGCACGAGGCCGAGGAGGACUACGACACUGGACUGGAAAGCGUGUCCGCCAUGACACCAAGACACUCCCUGGAUGAAGGAGCGCUCAGUACGAGUCAUGGAGUCUUCUCAGCCACCCGCCUCCAGCAUCAAACUGACAGUCUGAAGGGACCCGAGUCCAAAGCUCCAGACGGCCGCCCCAAGUCCGAUCGCCCCCCGCUGGAGCACAAGUUGUCAAACUGUUAGCUACACGCUACUGACUCACCACAUCGACGUCCAUUAUCAGCAUUUCUGGGAGAGGCGCCGCACGUCGGAAACCAAGCGACUGACAGAAGGUCACCUUUGACGCCAGAACCCGGAACCGUCGGGCUGGGAACUCGCCGCCUGUCCCGACAGACGCCGACAGGAGCUCUGAGGACUUGAGUCUUGCUCUCAAAAGUCCCCCUUUCAGGGUCGUGACGCCUGUCACAGAUGAAGUCUGCUCUCCCGACCACUGAGCAGACAUCUUGGUUUGAUUAGUUUUCCCACCAGGAAGGGAAAGUGUCACCACGUCUUAUUGUCACGUGAGUCCUUUUCCCUCCUAACUUAUUCAACCAUCUCCCAGCGAGGCCACAUGUGUGACGCUAAAUGACUCCAGGAACAUUUUUGUAACCCCGGUAAAAAGGCAAGUGACGUGCAAAUAUGUGUACUGUGGACCAGCAACACAGGUCAGUUAUUGUUUGUGCGAGUUCUGUACAUGUUGUUCCCGCCACUCCUUUUAUUGGACACGUGUACAUUGCAGGUUACUCGGUGUCAAGUGUUGCAUUUGUGAGGUGUUCAACUCCACUGUGACUCAUCUUCAAGUUGCCUUUACCACGAUUGUGUGAGAGAUCUUCUUUAUCCCGGAAUGUAACACUCUUCCCUUUAAGGCUGCGUUCACCUUUGUGCUCGGAAGGGUCAAAAAAGAUAUUUUGCUUAGCCUUCACAUUGUUUUUUUGUUAAGUCAAAACUGCACAAUAAUUAAGGCAGGGAUCUAAAAAAGUUUGAUUAUGGUAGGGGUGUCCAAACUACGGCUCGCGGGCCAAGUGCCAUCCGCCGGCAUCUUCAAUUUGGCAUACAAAUACAAGGAGUCAGCAGUUUGAUAGCUGUCAUUUAGUCACCAUUUGACGGCCGACGAAAAUACUCAACUCAGUGACCAUUAAUUGUACACCGAUGUCAAUACACGCACAUCAUUUACUUAUACGACCCAAUCAAACAACAUUCCCUGGUCAUGGUGCAUACAAAAAAAAUUCAACAAACAUGGUCACACACUGCUCAUUGAACUUUGUGGGUAUUAUAAAACCCCACUUGAGGGCUGACGGAAGUACUCAAGUCAGUGGCCAUUAAUUGUACACCGAUGUAAAUACAUGCACAGCAUUAACUUAUAUGACCCAAUCAAACAACCUUCCCUAGUCAUGGUGCAAAAAAAAAAAGCGUUCUAUCAGCAUAAAACAUUUAAACUGAAAUGCGUUGAAAAUUUGAAAGGACUAGUCGCCAGAAAGAAUGGGGGAAAUACACUACCGUUCAAAAGUUUGGGGUCACAUUGAAAUGUCCUUAUUUUUGAAGGAAAAUCACUGUACUUUUCAAUGAAGAUAACUUUAAACUAGUCUUAACUUUAAAGAAAUACACUCUAUACAUUGCUAAUGUGGUAAAUGACUAUUGUAGCUGCAAAUGUCUGGUUUUUGGUGCAAUAUCUACAUAGGUGUAUAGAGGCCCAUUUCCAGCAACUAUCACUCCAGUGUUCUAAUGGUACAAUGUGUUUGCUCAUUGGCUCAGAAGGCUAAUUGAUGAUUAGAAAACCCUUGUGCAAUCAUGUUCACACAUCUGAAAACAGUUUAGCUCGUUACAGAAGCUACAAAACUGACCUUCCUUUGAGCAGAUUGAGUUUCUGGAGCAUCACAUUUGUGGGGUCAAUUAAACGCUCAAAAUGGCCAGAAAAAGAGAACUUUCAUCUGAAACUCGACAGUCUAUUCUUGUUCUUAGAAAUGAAGGCUAUUCCACAAAAUUGUUGGGUGACCCCAAACUUUUGAACGGUAGUGUAGGGCUUUGGAAAAGCAGGAAUUCUGGAAAAUCAUGGAAUUUUUUUUAACUUGGAAAAAAGGUAGUUUAAAUUUCCAGGAUGGUGGAAUGUGUUGAAGGUGGAAUGGUUUGAAUCGGUUAAAAAAUGUGGAAAUGGGGAAAGUUUGAAAAAUGCCCAAUUCAUUUUGCAUGGGAAAAAUGUCCCGGAAAACCUGGAAUUCUGGGAAAUCUGGGAAUUUUUGGAAUUCUGGAAAAUCAUGGAAUUUUUUUGAACUUGGAAAAAAUGUAGUUUAAAUUUCCAGGAUGGUAGAAUGUGUUGAAGGUGGAAUGAUUUGAAUCGGUUAAAAAAUGUGGAACUGGUGAAAGUUUGAAAAAUGGCCAAUUCAUUUUGAAUGGGAAAAAUGUCCCGGAAAACCUGGAAUUUUGGGGAUUUUCGGAAUUCUGGAAAAUCAUGUAAUUUUUUUGUACUUGGAAAAAAGGUAGUUUAAAUUUCCAGGAUGGGUGGAAUGUGUUGAAGGUGGAAAAAUGUGGAAAAAUGUAGUAAUGGUGAAAGUUUGAUAAAUGGCCAAUUCAUUUUGAAUGGGAAAAAUGUCCCGGAAAACCUGGAAUUUUGGGGAUUUUUGGAAUUCUGGAAAAUCAUGUAAUUUUUUUGAACUUGGAAAAAAGGUAGUUUAAAUUUCCAGGAUGGGUGGAAUGUGUUGAAGGUGGAAAAAUGUGAUAAUGGUGAAAGUUUGAUAAAUGGCCAAUUCAUUUUGAAUGGGAAAAAUGUCCCGGAAAACCUGGAAUUCUGGGAAAUCUGGGAAUUUUUGGAAUUCUGGAAAAUCAUGGAAUUUUUUUGAAUUUGGAAAACAGGUAGUUUAAAUGUCCAGGAUGGUGGAAUGUGUUGAAGGUGGAAUGGUUUGAAUCGGUUGAAAAAUGUGGAAAUGGUGAAAGUUUGAAAAAUGGCCAAUUCAUUUUGAAUGGGAAAAAUGUCCCGGAAAACCUGGAAUUUUGGGGAUUUUCGGAAUUCUGGAAAAUCAUGUAAUUUUUUUGAACUUGGAAAAAAGGUAGUUUAAAUUUCCAGGAUGGGUGGAAUGUGUUGAAGGUGGAAAAAUGUGGAAAAAUGUGGUAAUGGUGAAAGUUUGAUAAAUGGCCAAUUCAUUUUGAAUGGGAAAAAUGUCCCGGAAAACCUGGAAUUUUGGGGAUUUUUGGAAUUCUGGAAAAUCAUGUAAUUUUUUUGAACUUGGAAAAAAGGUAGUUUAAAUUUCCAGGAUGGGUGGAAUGUGUUGAAGGUGGAAAAAUGUGAUAAUGGUGAAAGUUUGAUAAAUGGCCAAUUCAUUUUGAAUGGGAAAAAUGUCCCGGAAAACCUGGAAUUCUGGGAAAUCUGGGAAUUUUUGGAAUUCUGGAAAAUCAUGGAAUUUUUUUGAAUUUGGAAAACAGGUAGUUUAAAUGUCCAGGAUGGUGGAAUGUGUUGAAGGUGGAAUGGUUUGAAUCGGUAGAAAAAUGUGGAAAUGGUGAAAGUUUGAAAAAUGGCCAAUUCAUUUUGAAUGGGAAAAAUGUCCCGAAAAACCUGGAAUUCUGGGAAAUCUGGAAAUUUUGGGAAUUUUUCAAGGGAAAGCCCGCGAUUCCGGAAAUAGGCUGAACAGUUUGAAGUUGGAACGCUUUGAAUCGGGUGAAAAAUGUGAAAGGUAGAGAGCGCCAAAAUGUGGAGAAGAAGAAGAAUGAAUGUUUUGGAGCAUUCACACAAUGAGCUGAGGGCCACAAAUGAGCUGAGGGCCGUACUUUGGACACCCCUGAUGUGUUUGCUAUUUGAACCAUCUUAGGUUUUUUUCUGAAAUCUACUUGUAUAAAGCGUCGUCAAACAGGACAGAAUGCUUCUUUUCUUGUGUUUUUUUUGCCAUGGUUUUGCAGAUUUGGAACCCGACUGAUCCACAAGCAAGCAAGCGGACCAAGACCCAUUCCUCAAGUGGUCUUGGUCCACUUGUACGGUGGCAGCGGUAUGUUUGAAGUGACCUAAACAUGACAAGUGUGAACGCAGGUGAUUAAAUAAGGCAGGAAGUCUUGAUUAGGAAUAUUCAUGUCAAACUGUUGGACUUGCUGCCCCCUGGUGGCUGGUCUUCAUAGUCCAUGUGUGGUCCAGGUGGUCCCGUCCGGACCAGAACUUUCUGUGCUGUUGUAAAUGAUUGUACUUCUUCUGGUGUGUUCAGUCUGCUGACGCCCUUGUUGGAGACAAAAAGCAGGAGUUGCUGACUGUACAUAAAGAUGUUGAAUAAAGGAAGACCAGCGCCAUGGUUUCACCUCCUCACAUGUCCAGGUUCCACCACUUGAAGUCGAAAGGUUCUCGGCGCACGUUGGAGCCGCAGUGGACCUCGCCCUGCAGGAGGUGGUAAGAAGCGAAGUCGUCGAUGAAGGUGCAGCUGAGGCCCAGGUCCUCCAUCAGGGAGCACAUCUCCGCCUCCAGGGCACAGCGGCCGUCCACCUUGGGGCCGAAGGGCUUAGGGAUGCCCAGGUUUUUGCCCAGGACUAUCAGGUUCACCUGGGAGUGUAAGCGGUCGCAAACAUCAGCCGGCUGACCUCAAACAUGGCCUUGUUCUCUUCUUGGACCUUCAGUCCCAAAGUGUAAAAAAAAUAUAUAUGUAUAAUAUCACUGAUGGAACAGUUGUAUCUUUCAGCACAUUUUCUCUCCUUGACCUCCUAGAUUUAUACUGAACAAAAAUAUAAACGCAACACCUUUGAUUUGGCUCCCAUUUGUCAUGAGUUGAACUCUAUGAUGUAAAACUUUGACUAUAUACACAAAAGACCUAUUCCUCGCAUAUAUUGUUCACAAAUCUGUGUUAGUGAGCAUUUCUUCUUUGCCAAAUAAUCCAUCCCACUUCACAGGUGUGGCAUAUCAGGAUGCUGAUUUAACA